GGGAAUGAGUUUCCCGCCAUAAUUUACAAGAUGGCGGACGAUGGAGAGCCGGUGAUCGAAGAUUCGACUAAUUUGACACAAGAUGACGACCGAGUGGCAAAAUUAACGCAUUUUCCACAAACAAGAGUACGCAAUAUGAUGAAGCUUGAUCCUGACCUCCAUUUAGCAAAUAAAGAAUCUGUAUUCUUACUCACAAGAGCUACGGAAUUAUUUGUAGAAUAUUUUGCAAAAGAAGCCUACAAGAAGACAGUUAUAGGAAAAAGGAAAACAAUUCAAAAAAAGGACCUAGAUGCAACAGUUGAUGAAAAAGAUGAAAUUGCAUUCUUAGAAGGUGUUCUAGAAUAGAUAUCAUGAGGAACUAAAUCAAUUUGGUUACAAAAAUAAAAUGGGUAUUAUAGUUCAUGAUUUGAACCUUCAUUAACCAACAGAUUAGUACAUGUGAUUGAAAUAGAAAUACUUAAAUGGUUGGUGAAAGUUAUUGCAAAAAUAUAUUAUGCCUUCUUAGUAAACAAUCAAUUAAUUUUGUAAAAGAAAAAAGGGGUUAGUAAUGAAAAUAAAAGAAAUGCUCCACUUGACA